UGGAAAAUAAAUAAUUUUUGGGAAUUUCAGUUCUUCUCCUUUUUUUUUUAAAAAAAAACCCUAGGGUUUUAGAGAUAUAUACAUCUUCAGUUUCAAUAAACUCAUCAGAAAAAUAAGAUGACGACAAGAAUAGCACCGGGAGUGGGAGCAAAUCUGCUCGGUCAACACUCCGCCGAGCGCAACCAAGACGCCACCGCCUAUGUCGGCAAUCUCGACCCUCAGGCAACCGAAGAGCUAUUAUGGGAAUUAUUUGUUCAAGCUGGUCCAGUUGUUAAUGUGUAUGUUCCAAAAGAUAGAGUCACUAAUCUUCACCAAGGCUAUGGCUUUGUUGAAUUUCGAAGUGAAGAAGAUGCAGACUAUGCAAUAAAGGUUCUCAACAUGAUCAAGCUAUAUGGGAAGCCAAUACGGGUGAAUAAGGCAUCACAAGAUAAGAAGAGCAUGGAUGUAGGAGCGAACCUUUUUGUUGGAAACUUGGAUCCUGAUGUAGACGAGAAACUACUUUAUGAUACUUUCAGUGCUUUUGGAGUCAUUGUUUCAAAUCCCAAGAUCAUGAGAGAUCCCGAGACAGGGAAUUCCCGUGGAUUUGGAUUCAUCAGCUAUGAUUCUUUUGAGGCUUCGGAUGCAGCUAUAGAAUCAAUGAAUGGACAAUAUUUAUGUAAUCGCCAGAUAACAGUAUCAUAUGCUUACAAGAAAGACACUAAGGGAGAGCGUCAUGGCACCCCCGCAGAGAGGACCCUGGCAAGCAGUAAUCCGAGCACACAGAAAAGUAGGCCGCACACUAUGUUUGCAAGUGGACCUCCAACCAUUCCUAAAGUUGGUCAACCGAAUGGUGCUCCAAUUCCUCCACGCCCUUUUGCAAAUGGUGCAGUUGCUCCAGUCCCACCUAUUUCGGCAAUCCGCCCCCCACCACCCACCCAUCUCUAUCAGCCAAUGCAAAUGCAGCAGCAGAUACCACCACCACAAUGGCAGCAACAGCAGAUGGUCCAGCCUCAGGGCAUGCCACCUCAGCACCUCCAGCAGUUCAGGCCCCCUCCACCAAACAUGCCACCACCGAAUCCAAACAUGACUCAGAUGAUGAACAGGCCACCUCCACCUCCAGCAGGAAUGUCCGGCCAGCAUGUGUGGAGGGGACCACCUCCUCCACAGAUGGCUGGUGGUCAUGGCCAUCCUCCUAUGAUGCAGAUGUCAAUGCCACCACCUGUGCACAAUGUCCCACAACCACCACCUCCAUCUGGUUAAAGUUCAUCAUUGUUUGCAGGAGGCAUUUAACUCUUAAAUGCCAAGACGUCUAAAUGGAAGUCCAGCAUUAAAAUAGUGCAUCUCAAAGUCGGUCAAGAACCAGGUUCGGGAUGUUAUUCUGUUUCGUUAUUUUAUGAUGAAAGGUUUAGAAGCUUAUUUGUUUUUAAUCAUCAUAUAUGGGUGCAACUCUAGGAAGUGGCUGUUAAUGUAUUUUACCAUAAAACGUUUGACAGUUUUAAUGACUAUUGCAAACACAAUUAUUCUGGCUCAAAA